AUGGCACAAAUAUGGAAAAUACAAGAGAAAAUAAUUAGAUAUUUUAGUGAGUGGAGAUCAAAUGCAGUAGUAGUCAUGGUGUACACAUUCUAAGAAGGAAGAAAAGAACCAACAAGAAACCAAAACGAAAGUUGUCACUCCCAAUUGUAGUGUUUGAUUCAUCAAGUUCAACUAUUUCACUUCUCAACACUGCGCUCAACAAAGAAAAACCCUAGCCAUCUACCUCAGGAGCUUCCCUCUUCGUCUCCAACCCCUGUUCGCUCUCGCCAAUCAGAACAGAAAUGGCUGCCACAGCAACAGCAGAAGCUGGUUCCCAAUGGCCAUUCAGCUGUGACCUAGAAGUGGAUUUUGGACAUGAACAAAAUGCUGCUAUCGUAUGCGCAGCCUUAGCUGUUGAUAAGGAGUUGCAACCAGACAAGGUGAAACGACUCAUGGCAGUGUCUCAUGGAAAGCUUUCAGUGCACUUUGAGGCAACGGAAGCAAGAUUUCUUCGGGCAUCUUUUAGUGCUUUUGUAGAUGUCCUUACACUGGCCACAAAAACGAUUGAAGAAUUUGGUCAAGGAAUGGAGUUGUGACAUUUACUUUUCUUAUUCUUAAAGAAUGUAUUGCUACUCCAACCAUUAUAUAUAAUCCUAUUAGGUUUCUCAUAGUAUAUUUGUAUUUGUGUUUGCAUUUUUCACUUUCAUAUCCUUUUAUUGGAUUCUGUUCUAAGAUUGUGUAACCAAGUUUUACUCAUUCAUGUGGCAAAAUUGAUAUUCUUCCACCAACAAA